AUGGAAUCAUCAUCAACAACGACAACCUCUCUGGAGGGUGCAGAUACACACCCCCUCCACAAGUCUCACGAUGAUGCACAUAUUCAUGUUAUCAUUGUGGGUGGUGGCUUUGCCGGAUUGGCGUGCGCCAAGAAGUUAUUAUCUUCGUCACCAAAGAAUAAUAUCAAGGUGACUAUUCUGGAAGCCGAAAGUGAUAUUGGCGGCCGUGUCAAAGCCCACAAGUCAUUCCUUUCACAAAAUCACGUUUUGGAUUUGGGGGCCGAGUUCAUACACUGUCAAGGUCACGCAUUGUGGGACUGGAUUUUUGAGUACUUUGGUCCAGAGAAAAAUGUCGAAGACCGCAAACGCUUCGUCCGGUCACAAUUCGAGUCCGUCUUCUUGCUAAGUCACGCCGAUGGAGGACCAGCAGAGGAACCGACGGAGGAAGGAAACUAUGGUAUGUACUACUUGGACAAUGAAUUGGUGAUGUACAAUGAUUCCCGACUGGAUCAAAUGAAUGAAAAAUUAAAUGCUCUUUCCGACCACCCGCCAACCCACUUUGGAGUGCAAGAUUCCUUGGCCGAUGCCCUCGGAGCUCAAUUCUCUGAAAACACCAGCCCUAUGCCAGACUUUCUUUGGCAAUUGACUGUCGCCAGUUUUGGUAAUACUGCUGGCUGUUGCGACUUAUCACAGUUGAGUGUUCGGCAGCUAUCACACUUUGAACACUACUGGGAAGAGCAGGAGGAGGAAGGGGAUUUUCGUCCACCUCCAACCAUGGGGUUGUACGGAAUUGCAAAAGCCUGUUCGGAGCACUUGGAAACUUCAUACAAAGAUGCUUUUGAAUUGAUUCUUGAUUGCGAGGUGCAAUCCAUUGAGCAGAACGACAAAAAUACUGUAGUCUUGCAGAUUGCCAAUGGUUCCAUCUUUCAUGCCAAUGCUGUUGUGGUGACAGUGCCGCCACCUAUUCUUCCCGAAAUUAUCAAAGAUUUGCCCGAUUUCAAAAUGGAGGCGCUGGAGAAAAUCGGCUUUGAACGAGCCGUCAAAGUCAUUGUCAAACUGAAAGACAGGUUUUGGCCCGUAAAAUUGCAGUCCAUAAUUGCGGCAGGAGAACUCGUUCCAGAAGUGUGGUUCCGUGAUCUGCAAGAUACAGCUACAGCGGAGCAACCGUAUUGCUUGGCAACUGGGUUUCUGAUGAGCAGUGCUGCCGAUCGGUUUGUGGCAUUGCUCAAUGAAAAGCUGGAAAGGGCGAACGCAAACGGCCAAGAAAGCGAUCGAAAUGCGCUUGCUGGGCAAAUGCUCAUGGAACAACUAGCCAAAAUGUUGAAGUAUCACUUAUCAUUGAACGGGACGACAUCUCAAGAUCUUAACGCCAACAUUUUGGAUGCCAUGAUUUUCGACUGGAAAACUGAUGCCCCCUUUGCCCAAGGCGGAUACAUGUAUCCCAAGGUGGGAAUCACGCCCGAACACUUGGAGGCGAUGGCUGCGCCUCACGGUCGUCUCUUUUUUGCGGGAGAAGCUACCAAUACCAAUGCUUGUAGUACAGUACAAGCGGCCAUUGAGACGGGAGAGAGGGCUUCAAAGGAGAUCAUAUCAUUUCUGGACCUCUAA